GAACUAUCCAUUUGUACGAAAAGUAUUUGUUAAAAGGGAGACUUAUUUUUGUAUUCAUUCAUUUUCAUUUUAUAUUGUUGUAAACGUCAGUCUGUCAUGCUGCUCAUUUUCGAAAGUUCAUACAUUUUUCAUAGACUUUUUUAUCGAGUUCAUUUAUUGAAAAUUAUACGGUGAAUAUACGGUUUCGAUUGAAUGGCCCUUAAAAACAAAAAUCCCAUUUAACAAUUAAAAUUAAUCAAUUUAAAUUGAAUGCAAACAUAUCAAUAAACUCGCUUAUGGAUAAAAAUCAUAUUUAAAUUGUUUCAUCAGCAAACGCGUUUCAAUUCAAUUCGAAAACGAAAAAGUGAAGAAGAAUAAAAAAACCGCACGCAAUUCAGUUCCAUUCUUUUUUUACUUUGCUGAAAUAAACUAUUAAUAAACUUUUGGACGUUCUGUUUCAUUUUCAUCUCAAUAAACUCUUCUUUUCAUCAUUCGAGUGAGAUCUUUAAAGAGUGUGUUUUGUAUCGAAGUGAAAAAAAAUUGUGAAAAAAAAGUUAUCCAAUAGAUAAUAAUUGAUUGAUUGAUUGAACAAUAAUAAAAUUGAAAUAUGGGCAUAUCAACGGAUCCUCCUUUGUUAGAUGUGGAAUUGCCAUCUGCCCUCCUCGAAUCGCCUUCUGUGUCAACAUUUCUACCCGAAGAGGAGGCUUCAAUGUGUCCCCUCCUGUCGACAAAUUCUUCCACCCCACUAGCCUUCUCGCAUCCCCUAACCCCAAGCGCCGACAAUGACAGUAAUAAUUCCAAUUCGGGAAUUUGUGAAGAUACUAAGGCCGAAACAAGUUCGUCGUCGGGCAGUAGUUCGGGCAUCGGAAUGGAUGUCACAGAUACCGCAGCAGCAAGUCUCUUCAAUCAUAACUCCUAUCAUCACCUUCGGAAGAACAACAAUGAAGUGAUGCAGGACUCUAAUGGAUUAGGCGUUAAAGGACACUUGGUCAUGAAAUCACCAAACGAUACACCAUCAUUCGUCUCUUGGAAUUGGCCACUCAUACGAAAAUGUACAUUUUUCAUAUUCAUGUCCAGUUUACUGGCAAUGUGUGCUGUUGUUGUUGCAAUGAUUAUUACACUGCCAAAAACUUGUAAUCCAAAAACUGCUUGGUUCCGAGGCAGCGUUUUCUAUGAAAUCUUUCCAGCAAGCUAUCAAGACUCCAACAACGAUGGGCUUGGUGAUCUUAGAGGCAUAACAAAACGUAUUGAUUACUUAGCUGCUCUUGGAGUUGGAGCUGUUCGGUUGAAUUCUAUUUUCCCAACUGAACACUAUCCUGAUGAUUUUAACAAUGUAACAUCAUUGGUUAGCAUUGCAACAGUCAUUGGAAGCACAACUGAUUUGCUGCAGUUAUCGCGAGCAUUGCAUGCUCGGAAUAUAUCGCUUAUCCUCGAUUUACCUAUAUUUCCAUAUCUCAAGCACUUGGAAGAAGCUAAUGAAGCCAAUUACACGGCUAAUAGCAAUGUAACUGAAUCAGCGCCAAUUGAAACCGAUAACUUGAUUUCGGUAGCGAUUCAGAAGUGGAUUGGACUUGGUGUUGAUGGGUUCUACAUUAAGGGAUUGGAAAUGUAUACGAAUGAUGAUAACCUUCUCAACAAUAUUGCCGAAUGGAAGCACAUCAUGGGGCCCCAAAGAGCCCUGAUUAUUGAUAAUGAAGUUAUUCAAAAACUCAGCACCGCCAAAGCGACUCAUAUCUUAACCCACGUCGAUUUGGUCGAUGUCCAUCUGGAUGUUGCAAAUGGUACUCAGCAAGUAAUGCAGCAGAUUCAGUCAGCUUUAAAGGGAAUUCUGGCUCCCAGAGAAGACGGGCCUUGGAUUCAAUGGUCAAUCGGAGGAGUUGGGGAACAACGCGUUUCACGCCACCUAAAUGGAAAUGCUUCUCUCACUGCUACAAUGAUGCAGUUAAUGCUACCAGGAUCACCGAAUAUUUUCUACGGUGACGAAAUCGCUUUGGAGAACGUCCAUGAUCCUCAUAAUGAACACUCAGAAACAAAACACUUGCAUCAUCUUUCAACUAUGGAAUGGUCAGAUGCUCUAAAAUUCACCAGCAGGGAAACCCUACCCUGGCUACCGAAGAGUUCAUCAUUUAAUUUAGAAAAUUUCGAGCAGGUAUCUCGGAUGAUCCAUCUGCGUGAUCGAUCUCCAUCCAUCUAUAAAAAUGUCAUAUGCAAAGCUUCGCAAAAUAUACCCAAUACUCAAGUUCGAAAUAGUCGAGAUGAUAUUAUAAUAAUCGAACGGAUCUAUCCGCGACGAAAUUCAUUUGUUUCGAUUUCGAAUUUCGGCGAAAAAAUGGUGCAAAUGGAUAUGACAUCGAUGUAUUACAGUGGACAUGUGAUGCUCGGAAAUACUCAAAGUGAUAAAAUCUACUUUGGGGAGUUUCAAAUUGGUGGCAUGGAAACUAUUGUUGUUAGACUUGAUAAAUAAACUUUUCUGUUUAAUAGUUAUUUUUUUGCAAA